UCCCUCCCUCCCCCCCCCCCCACCUCUCAAGCUAGGCUGAGCUGUGCCUACGUCGGCCUCGACUCCCGGGGGCUGGAGGAGUUACCUUUGGAGCCCGAAAGGAGGAAGGAAGCAAAAUAUCAACAACAGUCGAGGCGGCUCCGGCGCUCGGCCGCGGUCCUCCUUUGCCCGCCGCCCGCCCGCCUGCCCGCCCCCGCGCGCACCACGGGGGCCCAGGCCCCCGGCGCCGCCCAGGGCCCGCGCGGACGCCGGCCUCAUUUAUUAUUCCCCCCGCCCCGAGCGGCGGCUUCCCGCUGUUGAAGCUACCCCGGACCUGGGGCGAGGGCCAUCCCCUCCCGGCUGUGACACCCCAUUUCCCCCGCGGGACUGGACAUUGUGGGUAAGGUCCUACAGACCAUGAACUGAGCACCGAUCCCGGACUUUAAUGAGCACAGUGUGAGGUGCACUCAGACCUGCCACCCAUCAGCCCCUCCCCUCCCUAGCAUUGAGGACCUCCAGAGAAGAUGGGGAGGAAAAAGAUUCAGAUCCAGCGAAUCACUGAUGAACGAAAUCGACAGGUGACAUUCACCAAGCGAAAGUUUGGGCUGAUGAAGAAGGCGUACGAGCUGAGUGUGCUGUGCGACUGUGAGAUUGCCCUCAUCAUCUUCAACCACUCCAACAAGCUGUUCCAGUAUGCCAGCACCGACAUGGACAAGGUGCUCCUCAAGUACACUGAGUACAACGAGCCACAUGAGAGUCGCACCAAUGCUGACAUCAUCGAGGCGCUGCACAAGAAGCACAGGGAGUGUGAGAGCCCUGAGGUGGACGAGGUGUUUGCCCUGACCCCCCAGACGGAGGAGAAAUAUAAAAAGAUAGACGAGGAGUUUGAUAAAAUGAUGCAGAGUUAUAGACUGGCCUCAGCUGUACCAGCUCCCAACUUUGCCAUGCCAGUCACGGUGCCUGUGUCUAAUCAGAGCUCACUGCAGUUCAGCAAUCCCAGCAGCUCUCUGGUCACCCCUUCCCUGGUGACAUCAUCCCUCACAGACCCACGGCUCCUGUCCCCCCAGCAGCCGGCACUACAGAGGAACAGUGUGUCUCCAGGCCUGCCCCAGCGGCCAGCUAGUGCAGGGGCCAUGCUGGGGGGAGACCUCACCAGUGCUAAUGGAGCCUGCCCCAGCCCUGUCGGAAAUGGCUAUGUCAGUGCUCGAGCUUCCCCUGGCCUCCUUCCUGUGGCCAAUGGCAACAGCCUAAACAAGGUCAUCCCUGCCAAGUCUCCACCCCCACCUACCCACAGCGCCCAGCUUGGAGCCCCCAGCCGAAAGCCUGACCUGCGGGUCAUCACUUCACAGGGAGGCAAAGGGUUGAUGCAUCACUUGACUGAGGACCAUUUAGACCUGAACAAUGCCCAGCGCCUUGGGGUCUCCCAGUCUACCCACUCGCUCACCACCCCAGUGGUUUCUGUGGCAACGCCGAGUUUACUCAGCCAGGGCCUCCCCUUCUCUUCCAUGCCUACUGCCUACAACACAGAUUACCAGUUGACCAGUGCAGAGCUCUCCUCCUUACCAGCCUUCAGCUCACCUGGGGGACUGUCGCUAGGCAACGUUACCGCCUGGCAACAACCCCAGCAGCCCCAGCAGCCACAACAGCCACAGCCACAGCCACAACAGCCACAGCCGCCGCAGCCUCAGCAGCCGCAGCCUCAGCAGCCGCAACAGCCACCUCAGCAACAGCCCCACCUGGUCCCUGUAUCGCUCAGCAACCUCAUCCCCGGCAGCCCCUUGCCCCAUGUGGGUGCUGCCCUCACAGUCACAACCCACCCCCACAUCAGCAUCAAGUCAGAACCGGUGUCCCCAAGCCGUGAGCGCAGCCCUGCGCCGCCUCCUCCAGCUGUGUUCCCGGCUGCCCGCCCUGAGCCUGGUGACGGUCUCAGCAGCCCAGCAGGGGCAUCCUAUGAGACGGGGGACCGGGAUGAUGGACGGGGGGACUUCGGGCCCACACUGGGCCUGCUGCGCCCAGCCCCAGAGCCAGAGGCUGAGGGUUCGGCUGUGAAGAGGAUGCGGCUUGAUACCUGGACAUUAAAGUGAUGAUUCCCACCCCCCUCCUCUCAGCCUCCCUGAUGAAGAGUUGACAAUCUCACCGCCCACCCCUCCCCAUCCUGGGCUCCUCCCGCUCGACCCCCACUUCCUUUCUUGUGCUCCAUGUCCUGUUGACGGUUACAUUUGUGUAUAAUUAUUAUAUUAUUAUUAUUAUUAUAUAUUUUUUAAUUUGGAUUCUCGCUUUGGAGAGAGGGAUGCUCUCAUCCUCUCUUUCUCACCUCCCCCACCAUUUUCACUGGUGGGGGCUCUCUUUUUGCGGGAAGGGGGGGUCACUUUGCACGUUGUACACAUAUGCUGCAGGAAGGGGGUGGGGGGCCCGGUACGCCUUUGGGAAAGGACAGGUGCCGAGCCCUGCAUGUGGAGCCCUCCCACCCCAUCCCCCAGACAGAGGGAAAGAACCAAAAAACUACCAAACAACAAAACCCAUACAAUAGACUGAACCCCAAAGUUGGCUUGAUGUUGGGUUUGUGUUUCAAGGGGAGUGUGAAGAGGCGGAAGUGUUCUGCUUCUGGGCUGUUCACACGGUGGCAGGCACACAGGCCAGUUCCCGGGCCUGGCCCCACCUCCUCUCUACACAUGCACAAACACUCUGAUCCUUGUGCGCCUGCAUCCCUGAGGUCUGUGGGUGCUGGGAAGGCUGCCUGGGAACCUGAAGCUGGGGCAGGGCUUUGAGGUGGGGCCUCUCUGGUAGCACAUUGGAGAUAAAGACAGCCAGGAGGAGAGGGCUGAGAAGGACAGAAGGGCUGGGCAAGGGAUGAACUGGGGUCCUCUUCCUCCCCCAGCUUUCUCUCUAAGGUAUACAGUGCAAUAGCUCCCUAUCCCUCAGUUGACCCAGCCCCAUCAGCUGGCCACAAGUGCAGGGAGACUGGGGAGAAGAACUCUGGCGAGGUGGCCUCAGGGCUAGGCCUGUCAGCCUUAGGCUCCUCUGGGGUGCCUGAGAGCUAGAGCCUUCCAUCUGUGGGGCGGGUGUGGAGAGGGCACUUCCUCUCCCAUGCACACUUCCGGAGGAGUGGACACGGGGAUGGUCUGCAGAGGCAGGAAGCCCCCACAGAGGAGGCCCACCAGCCCAGGGCCCUCCCCAGCCCCUCCUCCUCGCUCCUUCCCCUGUCCCAGCUCCUUGCUCUUGGCACCCUCAUUGUCUUGCUACCUCCUAGUCCCGCCACCUCCAAGCUGCAUCCCACCUUCCCUCUUGGCUACUGUAAUUGUAAAUAGCAACCUUUGGAAAACCUUAGCAGUGUAACAGUCCAGGAAACUGGGUUUUUUGUUGUUGUUGUUGUAUUGAUAUGAAAUGAGAUUCUAUUUUUGUCAAAGUAUAUUGUAAUAAUAAUGACUCAAAUGGCCCGUACUGUACAGAUGAGAUUCUUCUGCUGUUCUUGCUCUCUUCCCCACCCCAAGUCUGCCCGCUCUGCUGCCUCCUCAGUGGAGCCGCGCGGGGCAGGGGCCCAGGGACAGUGAAAAUACAGAAUCCCGAGACUCGGGCUGGAUUAGAGAUCAAACUGGAGGGGGCGGGCCUCUGGCCUGCUCUGUACUGCCACACGCCCUCACGGGCCUGGCCUAGGCCAACAAGCUUACCCCCCCUACUCCAUACAAGCCCAGCCCCUCUGCCCAAGGAGGCAGUGCUUCCAUCCGGAGCAUAGAGUUAGACAAGGUCCAUUUUAGUGGUAGACGAUGGUCUUUGCCCACCUGUGACCCACCCUCUUGCAGUAUUUCAACACUUGAUGCAAGGAAGGAGCCAGAAGCAGAGGGAUGUGUGACACACAUAACCUGAGUGUGCUCAUGAGGGCAUCUGGUAUUUAUGUGUCUGAGUGUAGUGCACCCUUGUAUUUACGUCUGCGUGUGUGACUGCAGGGGGUGUGUACCUUUAUGUGCCUCUGAGCCUGGCUGGGUGACUCUUGGUAUGACUGGAGCUCUGAGGGUGUGUCUCCGUCUGUGUGGCUGUGCGUGUGUGUUUACAGAAGGACAGGGGGCUGUGCCAGCCCCUCAGCCCUGGCUUCCAAGCUCUGUGAUCCCACUCCCUUCUGCUCCUGCCCUCAGCUUGGACGUGUUUGUAUUGCAGUCGGGGGGCCUUUGGCAGUUGGCCCACGUUACUUUUCCCCACAGCCUACCUCUGCCAGGGCUUCCUUCCAGGAGCCUUUGCUUCAACACACGGCGUCCACUUAGUCCUCAACACCUUGACACGCAGCUCCCUUUCCUGCCCCCUUUCCUUUCCUACUUUCAGAGCGAAGUUUAGUCCUCUUUCUCCCCGAAGCUUUGUCCUCAACUGGGCAGUGAUCUUCCUUCCUCAUGGUGUCACUUGCUGACUAGGCAAGGACUUCAGCCCACCUCUCCCGAAGGUUCUUAGUUGGAGUUUCAAGAAUUGAUGGGACUAAUGGUGUAGCUCAGUGGUGCAGCACUCCCUAGGAUGCAUGAGGCUCUGAAUUUCAUCCUCAGCACUGAAGGGGAAAAGCAAAGAAAAAUACCUGAUCAGGGCUUUGAAAGAAGCCAGGGUGUUGUCCUGUGCACAUGUGCUCAUCAGAACUUUGCCCAGUGCCUGGUACAUAGUAAGUGUUCAAUAAAUGCUGAAUGAGUGAAUGGUUAAACGAUAGGUGCUCAAUAAACAUCAGAUGACUGGCCUCUUAGGCUAUUCCCACCACCACUCUGCCCACUUUUCUAGACUGAACUUGGCCACCACCAUGCCGGUGGGCUAAGGACCCCUGUAGUUCUUGUUUCAAUAUUCACCAGUUUUUCCCUCUGCCUCAUGAAGACAAAUGUGUGUGUGUGUGUGUGUGUGUGUGUGUGUCUUGUCUGUCUGUCCAUCCAUCUGUCCGUCCAUCCAUCCCCUUCUCUCCGUGACAGUAGGGGUUGGUCUGUGAACGAAUAUGCGACAUUUCUGCUAUUUAGUAUCCCAAGGUUUUUCUUAGGGGUAGAGGUUACUGGCUGGCCAGAUGGAUGGGUCCCUGGGAACCCAAACCUCAAGUGGAGACUUAAUUUCUUCUUCCUCUCACAAGCCAAAUUUGCCUCCACCCACUCUCAAAAA